AUGCCGUCUCUACUGGUCGUCAUCUUCGUUGUGGAAGCGGUUGUCCAUGUCAUUAACCUCGUGGGCGCCACCGUCCUCAAUGAUCUGAUCUGGACAGCCAUCAACUACCUCCCCGUUCCGACGUCCAAGACUGCUGCUGAGCAGCGCAAGACGCAGGCCGAAUACCUCAAAGUCCGCCGCGAACUCAACGCUACCAGCAGUCAGGACGAUUUUGCGAAAUGGGCCAAGAUUCGUCGCCAGCAUGACAAACUUCUGGAUCAGCUCGAGAAACAAAAGAAGGGCUUGGAAGCCUCGCGUGCCGGCUUCGACAAGUACCUCAGCGCCGUCCGAUUCCUCGUCACCCGAGCACCGCAAUACGCCCUGCCUUUCUGGUACGCCAAAGAACCCAUGCUCUGGCUGCCGCACGGCUGGUUUCCCUACUACGCAGAAUGGAUCAUUUCCUUCCCGCGCGGACCUAUGGGCAGCGUCAGCAUCGCCUCAUGGCAGCUGGCCUGCACGACGGUCAUUGUACUCGUGAGUGACAUGCUCCGCGGCCUGAUUCAGCUCCUUCUUUCCUCGAGAGCAGCGGCGGCGCCCAGCAAGACAAAGGAAGCGCCGUUCAAGGCGGCCAACGAGAGGGUGCGCGAGACGACUGGCAGUGAGGAGACGAAGAAAAAGGCGUGA